CUAUCGUGUCAUCAACGAAUCCAUGGCUUCAUCGCUCAACUCCUCCGUAAUUCUCGCGUCUCUCCUCGACGCUAGAUGUUCCACUUCCGCCGUCACUCGUUUCCCGUUACACCAGGCGCCGCCGCCGGUAGGCGGCAGGAACCUCGCGGUGCUUUGGAGGUCGAAGAGGAAGAAGAGGAGCAGCAACAGCUUCGUUGUUUUCAGCAAAAAGCAGCAGGAGAACUCGUUGCAGUACAGAAAGCUCGGGGACUCCGACCUCGUAAUCAGCGAAAUCACUCUCGGCACUAUGACUUACGGCGAGCAGAACACGGAGAAAGAGGCUCACGAGCAGCUCAGCUACGCGUUUGAGAGUGGAAUUAAUAUUCUAGACACCGCGGAAAUGUAUCCAGUACCACCGCGAGAAGAGACCCAGGGGAGGACAGACCUGUAUAUCAGUAGCUGGCUGAAGACUCAACCCCGAGACAAGGUUAUUCUGGCAACAAAAGUGUCUGGUUACUCAGAGCGAUCCCGUUAUUUGCGUGACAGUAGAGAGGCUCCGCGAGUUGAUGCUGCUAAUAUCAGGGAAAGUGUGGAGAAAAGUCUUAAACGUCUUAAUACUGAUUACAUCGACUUACUCCAGAUUCACUGGCCAGAUCGGUAUGUUCCAUUAUUUGGGGAAUAUCUGUAUGAUUCUUCAAAGUGGAGGGAAAGUGUACCGUUUGCUGAGCAACUGAGGGGAUUCCAAGAACUCAUUGAUGAGGGGAAGGUGAGGUACAUUGGCGUUUCCAAUGAAACAUCAUAUGGAGUCAUGGAGUUUGUUCAUGCUGCAAAAGUUGAAGGACUACCAAAAAUUGUCAGCAUCCAAAAUAAUUAUAGUAUGCUGGUUAGGUGCAAAUUCGAAACCGACCUGGUUGAAGUGUGCCAUCCAAAAAAUUACAACAUUGGUUUGCUUGCGUAUUCUCCCCUUGCCGGUGGAUCAUUGAGUGGGAAGUAUCUAGACAUCAACUCGGAAGCUGCAAAGAAAGGCAGGUUUAACCUAUUUCCCGGCUACAUGGAAAGAUACAAUAAGUCUUUUUCUAAGGAAGUUACGAUCAAGUACCUCGAGGUGGCAAAGAAACACGGGCUGAGUCUAGUUGAGUUAGCUCUUGCAUUUGCACGAGACCGACCAUUUGUAACCAGCUCGAUCAUAGGCGCCACUACUAUGGACCAACUAAGAGAAGAUAUCGAUGCAUUUUUGACAACUGAGAGGCCUCUGCCUCCUGAGGUGACACAGGAUAUUGAAUCUAUUUUCAAAAAAUUCAAAGAUCCUGCAAUUGACUAGCCUAGUCAAUCCAAACUAUAACCCCUUGUGUUUCUCUGGAUAUUUUCUCUCAGAUUUCAGUGAAAAAACAAUACUGUGAUCAAUAAUCUUCACUAUUCACAUGUAUGCAUGUCAACAUGUGGGAGAAGGCAAUAGUUGAAUAGAGUAUUGUGACUUGAGAUUCUUUUCUUUUUUUGAGGGAACCUUCAAAAUGUGAGAUAGUACUUUUUUGUGUUA